AUGAAUGUGGAUCUGCUGUGGUCGACUGUUGUUCUUCUCUCUUCACCUCUCCUCACAUUAUGUGACCCGCUAUAUGUCGUAUCAGCUCCUAAUUUGCUGAGGGUUGGUUCCUUCGAGAACGUGUUUGUGGAGGCUCAGGAUUACUCUGGAGAAGAUCUGAACGUGAAGAUCAUGGUGAAAAACUUCCCGCGGAAAAAUGUAGAGUUAGUGUCCAAAUCCGUGACGCUGAGAAAAGAAAACAAUUUUCAGCUGCUCGCUGAUAUACAGAUUUCAGACAACAGGGACUUUUUCUCUGACGAUCCUCUGGAGAAGCAGUAUGUGUAUCUACAAGCUCAGUUUCCUUCCAGACUUCUGGAGAAAGUCGUCAUGGUGUCAUUCCAGUCGGGAUAUAUUUUUGUGCAAACAGACAAAGCCAUAUACACGCCUGCUAGUACAGUUCAGUACAGAAUCUUAUCUGUGACUCCUGGUCUUCAACCUCUGGAACAUUCUGGAAUUUCAUUGGAUAUUGUGAAUCCUCAGGGCAUCACAACUAUGGGAGAGGUGGUUUUUCCAGAUAAGGGGAUAAAGUCAAGCAAAUACGCCAUACCUGCACUCGCCAGUCCUGGCAUCUGGAAGGUGGUUACAAAGUUCAAGAACACUCCACAGAAGAACUUCACAGCUGACUUUGAAGUUAAAGAAUAUGUGCUUCCCACUUUUGAAGUCACAUUAUCGCUCAGCCACUCGUACUUUUCUGUCAAUGAUGAGAGUCUUACAGUCGACAUCCUGGCCAAGUACCUGUUUGGAAACAACGUGAACGGCAAUGCGUUGGUGGUGUUUGGCGUGAUGGACGAUGAGAGAAAAACAAGUAUACCUUCCUCACUGCAAAGAAUCUCGAUUUUAGAUGGAGAGGGUCAAGCCAAGCUCACAAAGACGAUGAUCCUUCAGACUUUCCCAGAUAUCUACCCACUGGUUGGACAGUCGAUUUACAUCUCAGUCAGUGUUUUUACAGACAGUGGCAGUGAAAUGGUGGAAGCACUCAGGAGAGGGAUUCAGAUUGUGACGUCACCGUACACCAUCCGGUUCAAGGGAACACCCCAAUAUUUCAAACCAGGAAUGCCAUUUGAUGUCUCGGUUUACGUAACGGAUCCUGACCAAAUGCCUGUUAAAAAUGUGGAUGUGGAGAUCAAUACUGGAGAGGUCAGAGGUCGAACAAAGGGCAACGGCAUCGCAAAGUUUACCGUGAACUCUCAAGAGGGAACGUCCACGCUAGAGAUCACGGCACAAACCAAUGAUCCGCAUUUAACAGAUAAUGAGCAGGCAGUGAUGAAGAUUACAGCAAAGGCUUACUUGACUAAAGACGCCUCCAAAAACUACCUGCAUGUCGGCAUUAGUGCUGCGGAGCUUCAGAUCGGAGAUCAGAUUAAAGUCAAUCUGAACACAGGGAGAAGUCCUGGAGCCACAGAUCUAGAUUACACCUAUUUGAUCAUCAGUAAGGGGCAGAUCAUAAAGGUGGACAGGUUUAAGAGAAGAGGACAGUCUUUAGUAACUCUCUCUCUACCUGUGACCAAAGACAUGGUGCCGUCUUUCCGCUUCGUGGCGUAUUAUCACGUGGGAUCAGAUGAGGUGGUGUCUGACUCCGUCUGGGUUGAUGUGAAGGACACGUGUAUGGGAACGGUAAGAUUGAAACACAUCCCAUGUCUGUCCCACUCCCAUCUUUUUCGUAUAUUCUUCAUAAAUCGGCAUGUUCCCGGUGGUGUGUUCAGCUUGCAGAUAACUGGAGAUCCAGGAGCUAAAGUUGGGCUGGUGGCGGUGGACAAGGCUGUGCAUGUCCUCAACAAGAACAGAUUCACACAGUCGAAGAUCUGGGACGUGAUCGAGAAACAUGACACAGGUUGUACAGCGGGCAGUGGAAGAGACAGUAUGGGGGUUUUCUAUGACGCUGGUUUGAUGUUUGAGUCCAGCACCGCUGGAGGAACCAACACCAGAACAAUGCAGGGUUGUCCCACACCUUCGAAGAGAAGACGUAGAUCAAAUAAUCUUCUGCAAGUUACCACUACACUGGCUGGUAAAUACUCCGGCGAUGUGAAGAAGUGCUGUGUCGAUGGAAUGAGAGACAAUAAACUCGGCUACACCUGUGAACGACGAGCCAUGUACAUCGAAGACGGACAGGAAUGUGUCCAGGCCUUCUUACACUGCUGCAAUGAUGUGCUAUCUCAGAGCAAUGAAGCUGGAGAACAGGAGAUGCUUCUGGCUCGAAGUGAGGACGACGACUAUUAUGAAAGUUUUGAUGAAAUCACAUCCCGUACGCAGUUUCCAGACAGCUGGCUCUGGGGUGAGGAGGUUCUGCCUCCCUGCCCCACGAAUGUCAAGUUAUGUCAAACAACAUCACUUGUCAAAAACAAACUUUACCUGAAAGAAUCCAUCACUACCUGGCAAAUCUUCGCUGUCAGCCUGUCGAAAACCCACGGUAUAUGUGUGGCGGAUCCUCUCGAGAUGAUCGUUUACAAGAAUUUUUUCAUCGAGCUGAAGAUCCCGUACUCGGCUGUGCGCAACGAGCAGCUGCAAAUCAGGGCCAUCAUUCACAACUACACCAAAAAAAAGCAGAAGGUGCGGGUGGAAUUCACAGAGACCGAGCACAUUUGCAGCUCGGCCAGCGGGAAGGGCGCGUACUUGACGGACGUUGAGGUUGAUACCAUGUCCUCCAGGAGCGUCCCGUAUGUGAUUAUUCCUCUGGAGCUGGGCAACCACUGGAUAGAGGCGAAGGCUGCGGCGUACGAUUCGGUCCAGAAUGACGGAGUGAGGAAGAUCCUGAAGGUGGUGUCUGAGGGUUUGCUGAGCAUGGUGCAAGAAAAAAAUGUCGAGCUCAAUCCUGCUAAGAUAGGUGCGAUACAUGUGUCCGUCAGGAGCCACAAGCCAAUCGCUCAGGUUCCAAACACACCGGCCAACACGUACAUCUCUGUAACAAGUAAGAAUUUCAGUGCUCUGGUUGAGCAGGCCAUCAGUGGAGAUGUCAUGGGUCAGUUUAUCGUCCAGCCCCGGGGUAAUGGAGAGGAGAUCAUGAUCCACAUGACUUUAUCUCUUAUUGCUGCUCAUUAUCUGGACAGCACCAAUCAUUGGGACGCUGUAGGCAUGGACCGCCGAAAUGAAGCCGUCGACCAUAUCAACACAGGUUAUCAACGUGUGCUGCGUUUCCGUAAAGCGGACGGGUCGUACGCCGCCCUGAUGAGCACGCCUAGCAGCACAUGGUUGACGGCAUAUGUGGCGAAAGUCUUUGUGAUGGCCAACGAUUUGAUCAUCGUAGAGGAGAAAGUGCUCUGCAGCUCCCUCAAGUGGUUAGUCAAAAAACAGCAGCCAGACGGCACGUUUAAAGAGGACGCUCAUGUAGUUCAUGAAGAGAUGAUUGGUGAUGUACGGGGUAAAGACGCAGACGCCUCUCUGACUGCGUUCGUCCUGAUCGCCAUGCAGGAGGGCAGUGAGAUUUGUGCUCGAUCUCUUCCCGUGAGUCCUGCACACAGCCCUGUGAUGUCACAGCCGUUUUACACCCGAGCGUCUCUCACAUUGUCCAUUCUGUAUCUGACGCUCAGAGUUCACAGUCUGACCAACCCUUACGCUGUUGCCAUGACCUCUUACGCUUUGGCUCAUGCUGACAAACUCAACAAAGACAUCUUGAUGAAAAUAUAUGUUUUUCUCAAAUAUUUAUCCUCAGCAGCUGGUACUUUUUGGCAAGUUCCCGGGCCGCACCGUCACUCUCUGGAGGCCACGGGCUAUGCCGUGCUCGCCCUGGUGAAGGCGAAGGAUUUCGUGACAGCAGGACAGGCCGUGCUCUGGCUGGCGAGACAAAGAGAUCGGUAUGGAGGUCCAGGCACCACACAGGCAACCAUCAUCGUUUUUCAAGCCGUCGCUGAAUAUCGCACGCAAGCGAAGAAGCAGGACUUUAAUCUGGAUGUUGAGGUUUCUGUGGAGGGAAGGAAAAUUAAUAACAGAUGGACGUUCACGCGGUCCAACAAUUACGUCACGCGUUCUGAGAAGGUGAAGCUUACGCAGAACUUCAACAUCACUGCACGAGGGACGGGAGCGGCCACACUCUCUGUAUAUACUCUGUACUACGCUUUGCCUGAAGAGAAGGACGGCGAUUGUGAAAUAUUUGAUCUCAGUGUGCAGAUGACAAAAGAGCGUCAGGCGUCUUAUCCAGGAGCCAUUGAAACGUAUCUGCUCACGAUCGAAACCAUGUAGGUGUACGAUCACAUCGAUCUUUCCAUGUACAGUAUUAGGCUGUGUUCACACUUGACUUCUUUUUUGACAAGAAAAUGUUGACAAUUGUGCUUUUUUAGUAAAGCAUAAAAGCUUGCAGCGUUGUGGUUACAAAUAGCAGCUGGCAAUGACUUCGGAGGCAGCGUUUGUGCACGAAGCUCAGAGAAACAGAUUCAGACAGGCUUCAUAGGCAGCGUUAUAAAUUAUAAACAGACAACGUCUUUGCAAUAACCAAUCACAUAUUUAAAACUACAAUACAAAUGUCUGGCUAUAAAUGCAAUCAAAAGUGAUUGAAAGUGAAAAUGAAACGUACAUUUAUACAAAACUAUGCUCCAACCGGCAUUUCGGCCGCCAUUUUAUUUUUUCGAGCUUGAUCCUGCUCGACCAAUCACCUUCCUCGCAUGUUGUUAUGGAAAUGACAGGUCUCGCCAGUCGGUUGUCAUUGGUUAGCUGUGAAAAAGGUGUUUUUGUUUUCAGAAAACUUUUUUCAACUUUAAAAGACGCUCUGGGCUACAGAAAAACACGCCAGCGCUGGCUUUUAAAAAAGCGAUCAGGACUUAUUUGAAGACACGAUUUACUCCAUAUGAUUAUAAUGUAAAACAGACGCUAGCAGCUUCAAAAAAGAAGUAAAAUCUGAAUAUAGCCUUAAUCUACAGUGCUAUGUGUGAUUGCCAGUGAGCACGCAAGCUAAACAAAACUAGCUUUAAAGUCCCAGUGAAAUAAAUAAAUACAAUUCUUUUUUUUUCAUGAAAUGUUACAGCGUUUGUUGUAAAUAGCUUAUCAAUGUAUGACAUUUUCUUUUUAAAAUUCAUGUACCCUCAUAAUCUUCAAUUAUAAUCUGAAAAUGCACUCUGUCCUGAAAUGACUAUCCACCUCAAAUGACGUAUGUUAGACGGCUUGGCCGGAGGGUCUGUUAACUCCUCCCCUUCAACCGUCAGUCUGCUGCCAGUUUCAUUUCAAAAUCAAUGCAACAGCUGUUUUUACACAUCCAAUCAAUUCGCAGUGAAAAGCAAGCCACGCCCACUAAUGUUCUCCUUUGAAAUUCCUUUUCACUCUGAAAUGUGUCAGAAUAUGGAAGUAAAAACGAUCGCAACUUCCGGUUCACGGGGACUUUAAGUGCAGUCGUUUUGAUUGAUGCUUCGAUGUUUUUGAUCUACGCCACAUUGUCAUCU